CCCCCCCCCCCCCCUUCCCUCUCUCAUCCCAUCUCCCGUUCUGUCUUUCGACCAUAUCUGGACUGCGUCACUUGGCAACAAUGAGGAAAACGCAGCGAGACAAGAAUGACCCCAAUAAUAACAGCACAACUCCUUACAGCAACAGAUCACACAAUAAUGGCCCAAACUUGAACGGCCCGUCAAAUGACAGCAACAUCAAACGCAGUAACCGUGAUAACCGCAACAGCCGUAAUCACCUGAACAAUAACAGGGUCAACCGUAAUAACGGCAACAACGGCGGCAAUAACGGCGGCAACAACGGCGGCAACAACGGCGGCAACAACGGCGGCAACAACGGCAGUAAUCGCAAUAACGGUAACCACGAUGGCAAGAAGACCCGCAAGAAGACCCGCAAGAAACACAGCAACACCAUCCAGAGCAGCUCGCCAGCUGAAAGACAAUCUGAAAGCGGCCUCACCAUCAAUAACAAUGUUUUCACCAACCCCGCUCCUCAGACGCAUGCCCUUGUUGUGCCCGAACCCAGGAACCAGAGCUCCCAAUGUACGGAAGACCAGAGUCGGCUCAAGGAUCAGAUAUGCAUCUAUUACGGGAUCAACAACCUCAACGAGCUUCUGCAUGACCGAACUCUCGCCGCCCCUCCAGAAUGGGGAAGUCAGUUCCUUAACAGGAUCUACUGGUUAUGCCAGAAAGGGCUCAGUCUCUCGGAACUCAAAGACGCUCUAAGCAGCAAGUUCAAUGAUCGCCUCAAUAAAUCACUCAACAGUAGAGUCAGGUUUGUCCAGCCUCAUCUCUUGCUCGAGGACAUCCAAGCAGUCAUCAACGACGUGGUAAGGCGUCAUUGCCCCGCGUUAACCAUGUAUAACGUGCUGAUGUAUUGUUGGACAGAAAGCACUCGAGCAACCAUCCAAUCACGAGGCCGUCAGCCUGGACUAUACACCCUGCAGGAACAAGAACAAGAACACGCCGUCAACAGGGCCCAAAAAGAGAAAGAGUUCCAGCGCAGUUCUCAUGUCCAAGCAGUCAAGCUCGGCCAAGCGGCAGCGACGCGCGUACGAAUCUCCCGAUCCGAGCGACGAGACCGAUAACGAAUCGGUCAUUAGCGUGGGCCCCAUGGUCCUGAAGGCCGAACGAGUCAAGAUAGAACGCCAGAUGAAAGAAAAAUUCCAGAAAGCCCUCGAGGAAGCCAUGGCUAAAAUGAAGCGUUUGGCCGCGGGAACAGGGCUGCGGGAAUAGGGCCGCGUGCCACUUAAGUAGGCGCAACGGUUGCAGGGGUAACUCGAGAGGGUGCAAGAACUUAGGAAGUCAAAAUGCGUGCGGCCCACAUUGCGAGAUGUCCUUUGUUGUUUGCACCCAAGGGGUUUCUUUUUAAAAUAUUUAUAUAUAUUUGAGCAGCGGAAAAAGAAUGAAUUCGAGUCGAGCUCCAACGGGAGCACCUGCUAUAGAAAGGGUUGCAAGAGUUUGGCUUCAACAGUAUGAUGUGAAACAA